AGAGCGCUCGCAUCUUUACGCCCAACACAAGAGCCAUAACCCAUCUCCGGCUCCAAACAUCAUCUCACUUUCGCCAAAAUGAACAACGACCCCCGACCCCUGCCUCCCGGCUGGAUCACGCAGUGGGAUGCAAAUUACCAGAGAAACUUCUUCGUCGACACGACCACCGGGAAAUCGUCUUGGGAGGACCCAAGGGGUCCACCUGGGGGUGCUCCUCAAAACUAUGGUCAGCAGGGCCAGCAGGGUCAACCGCAGCAGAAUUACGGUCAACACGGUCAGCCGCAGCAGAAUUAUCCUCCCCAACACCAACAACAACAGCAGCAGAAUUAUGCCCCGACGCCCCAGCAGUACGCUCAAUACCAGCAGCAGCAAGGUCCUCCCCCGCACCACAACCCACCGCCUGGUGGUGCCCAAGAUGACAAAGGCCUUGGGAAAAUGGGUCUCGGCGUUAUGGGCGGCGCAGCCGGUUUUGCUGCCAUCUCCGGGCUUAUGAACGCCGCAACCCAUGGUGGUGGUCACUCAAGUGGAGGAGGUCAUGGCGUGUUUCCCGGCGGAGGGGUGAUUCCAGGAAUGAUGGGUGGAGGACACAUGGGAGGUGGCAAGCACAAGAAGUAUAAGGGAGGGAAGCAUAAGGGGCAUAAGGGGUGGGGUAAACAUAAGGGCGGGUGGGGAAAGCAUAAGGGGCACAAGGGCCGGAAGUAUAAGUGAGCAUGUUAGGAUUUUCCCGACGGCGUAGGUUUAGCGUCGUGGGCGACGGGAACCAAAUCGUGUUUCUACCACGAGCGAGGCAUUUUCAUCUUCCUCCCUGUUCUGUCGUUCGAUUUUUGAGUAACAUCCGUGUGUAUAUGAAGCAGUGAAAAAGAUAU